AUGUGGGUGCUGCUGGUGCUGGCGCUGGUGGCGGCUGCCUCCGCCGACUGCCCGCGCCACUGCGAGUGUAAGUGGCGCAGCGGCAAGGAGUCUGCGCUCUGCGCCCGCGCCGGCCUCACCUCCGUCCCACCGCGCCUCGACCCAACCACGCAACUGCUCGACCUGGCCGAGAACCGCUUGCCUAUCGUUCGAGACGACGCCUUUGCUGCUGCCGGCCUUCUUAACCUACAACGCCUUUAUCUCCCCUCUUGCAACGUACGGACCAUCAGACAGUACGCUUUCCGAGCUCUUGUAAACCUAGUAGAAUUGGAUCUCUCUCGCAACCGACUUGAAACAAUACCUUCUCAUUCGUUUGAUUCAAUCCCCGAGCUUAGAGAACUGCGACUCGGUGGUAAUCCCAUUACGAAAGUUGGAGACGAAUCAUUUAUAGCUCUACCCCAUCUUGUGCGACUCACACUCAGUGCCUGUAAGAUAGCUGAAAUAGAGCCCCGCGGCUUUGCAGGCCUCGAGUCUUCUCUGGAAUAUUUGGAGCUUAGCAAAAAUCGACUGCAAGUUCUUCACGUAGCGGUCUUAGCGCCGCUGCGAUCUUUAAAGGGGUUAGAACUGGCGAGCAAUCCUUGGGAAUGUACUUGUGCGUUGAGACCUCUGCGAGAUUGGAUGAUACGAAAAAAUGUUCCAGCGACAGUAGUACCAGAAUGUGCAUUGCCACCGCGGUUAAUGUCUCAGUCAUGGGAUAGAUUGGAUCUAGAAGACUUUGCAUGCCAUCCAGAAGUGAGCGCAGCAAGUCAUUUUAAAGGGUUGGAGGGUGACGAGGUGACGCUAGUUUGUAAAGUGAGCGGAGUGCCUGCGCCGAGAGUGCGGUGGGUGCGAGCCGGCCGCCUGCUCGCCAACACCACUUCUAGUAAUGUCAAUUCCGGUAGAGCUUUUAUGUUACGCAGUGAAGGACAAACUAGUAAUUUAACCAUAAAAUCGGCAGACUUACAAGAUGCUGGUUCAUACACAUGCAAUGCCGAAAAUCGUGCAGGUAAAGCCGAAGUGAUCCUAAGUUUAGCAAUAGAAAAGAAACCAGAUACCAAAAGUUUUGGUGGUCGUGCGCUGAUGGCGGGCAUGGCGGUGUCAGCAGUGAUAGUGUUAAGUUCGUGUUUAAUAGGACUGUGUGUAUACGAGACUCGUAAGAAAAGACAAUUAGAUAGAUGGAACGAACAGAUAGUGACGACAAAUCAUCGUGAUGAUAGUUAUGAUAAAUUAGAAGCUAAUUUCAAAACUAAUGCUGAAGUACCAAGAGUGAUAGCUGCGGAUAGUGCUCGUAAGAGGGGUGACUAUAGGAAUGUGCCGUCACAUGACCCAGAGGACGAAUAUGAAGGGUAUUUAAGGGGAGAGGUGCGGGAGGAGAGGGAGUGCUCUGUGACGCCGCCGAUGGAGGGAGGCUGGCGCAGAGCUGACUUCGAGCCGCCUACCACGAGGGGCAACAUACCUGAACGAGAUUUACAUAUACCACGGUUCAGUGACUACAAUUUAAGAUCUGAUGCAACGUCAGAGUCAGUGCAAAGUUCCAAUUCCACUGGAAUGAUGAGUGCCCACGUCGAGAUAUUAUCUGAGAACAGUCGGUUUAACAACAAUGCGCGCACGUGUCCACGUAUGCGACCUCGCGAGCGACUCGACAACGACCUCUCUGGUAGUGACAGCGAAAAGAAUUAUCCGGACCUUAUUGAAAUGAGUGCUCUGGGAACGUCAUCGUAUCUGCGGAGUGAAAUGAAACAUGAUCCAUACUACUUUUAUACAAUACCACGAAAAAAAGAGUGCGAUAGUCGCAGUCCUCUUCUGAAUAGCCGCAGAAAUAGUUCCGGUGGAGACUCCGCAACAUUUUUUGAUAGAACGUAUGAAAAGAAUCGACAAAGGUCAGGUCGAAGAUCAAAUAGUUUUUUAGAUCUUUCUACGGGCGGAAAUAGAAUACGUCGUAACCCUAGUCUGCCUGCGUCGCCUUCAAGAGAGCAGCCGACAGUUCCCUCGGCGACUCCACUCCUUGAUCUAUCCGGAUUGCGUGAUUACUCGCGUACCGGACAACCGAUAGAAGAUUUCGAUUUCCGAGCUUCCCAACUGGAAAAAUUCCUAGAGGAAUACAGAAGUUUGAGAGAACAACUUUCCAGGAUGAAGGAGACCCGAGAGAAUUUGCAACGAAAUCGUGCUUCAGACAACGACGAGUUGCGAUCUAUAUUGAAACCAAAACCAAGUAUAGCUGUAACUGAGACUUCGUCCUCGGUGGCUUUAGCAGAUGCUGCGUCUCCGCUGGCUUUAAGCCCUUCGGAAUACAAGCCUUCACAACCGAGACCAGAAUGGCUGACGUCAUUACUAUAUCGUAAUUAAGUAGAUGUUUUGUAAAUAUUAGUACGUCUGAUUUAAUAGGCGAAUAUGUGAUUGGACAUUUAUAAUACUCUACUAGAGAUGGGACAACUUGUGAUCAAAGUAACCCAAAACUGAAUUGUUAGAAAGUUAAGAACUUGUAAAUAAAUGCGUUCAUAUUUGAACUGAUGUUGAUAAGUAAU